AUGCUGUCGUGGCCGAACAGCAACGGGACGUCGGACGACGAUGACGAGUACAUGAGCGAGUUCAGCAGCAUGCAGAUGGAGUACUUUCAAACUCCUGACACUGUGAUAGACCCUAGUUUCUGUGGGCUUGUGACUGAAUCUGACAGAAGGUGCAUCCUGCACAGGCAGAGGGCGGGCAAGUUUGUGGCAUUUGAAGGCACUGACACUGGCAGGAGAUUCAUAGAAUGUGCUACUGAGGAUGGUGUGAACUGUGGUGUUUUGGAGUGGGUAGAUGCCCCCUGGCCUGUAAUUCUGCAAAGGUGCUUAAGCAAGCUCUGGGAUAUGUAUCAUGAGCAGAACCUUGGUAGAGCCCAGGAUAAUGAGGCUCAUGGGAUAGAGGUUGCAAAACUGCAGAAGGAGCUUGAUUCUCUGGCCAAUCAGUAUAGCCAGCUGGUGGAUGAUGUGUCCAAGUUGUUUGAUUAUCAGGAUGGAAUCAAAUCUCAUGACAUGGAUUGCACAAGCCAGGCAAUCAAUGAACUGAAGGAAAAUAAGAAGCAACUUGAGGAGUAG